AUGAGAGUGUGUCUGAAAAACGGGACGGGGACUGACAGCGCGCCCGUUGCGAAGAUGGGCGGAGACACCGAUCUUGCGCCGCACCGACAUCUGCAGGUUCCGGAUCAGAUAGAUGGGGACGCUCAAGAGCGCGAUGUCGGAAAUCAGACAGCGUCCCGGCUCUUCGGGUGUCCAGAUCUUGGUGCGUGGAGAGCGGGGAAAGAUCGGGACGAAGAAGAAGGCGGUAUAGGAUAUCGCGUUCACGUCGAUCAAGCCUUGAGUAAGCCAGUAGCCGAUGUCACGCUCGACGGAGCAGAAGACUCGCAGGAUGAGGAGCAGGAUGGAGCAUUUGGUGAAGAAGAGCGAUAG